UGUGUAUAUUUCUCUGUUAUUAGAUUGGUAUUAUAAAAAAGUUCUAAUUUCUUCUUUUCAGUAUAUAUACAUAUAAAUAUAACGUAUUCCAAAAAUUCUUUCCUGUUUCCCCUUUCCCACCAUGGCUGGAAAUAAUCUCUUCCUUCACUGAAGUCACAAAGCAUUUCAUCUAUAUGCCUCUGAAAAAACAUAUUUCUUUUUACAUAGUUCUGUAGAUAUUUGUAUACCUCUCUGUUUUUCUAUAUUUGAGUGUAAGUUCCUUGAGGGCAAGGUCCGCGUCUGCCAUUUCUGUAUUCCGAGAAUUCUUCACAUCCUUCCUAUUUCAUGCUUAUUGCUGACCAAAUUCAUUACUUCACAAGACAGAAAGCAUUCUGUAUCCUCUUUUUUUUCAAACUCUGAAAUUUUUCAAACUUCAUUCUUCCCACUAAGUUGAUAGCUGACACCACUGGAAAAGUUGUUAUUAUAACGUUUUGGAAUGUCUGCCUUUAAGGAACAGGAGACGGAGUUAUGAAGGGAAUAAUCCACGGGAGAAGGGAUCUUUAGGAAGAAAGGGACAGCUAACUGCUCAACAUUGCUCAGCUCAAGGAAGAUGAAAACCAGGAACAGUUAGUUGAUUUCGGCAGUUCAGAAGAGUCGCAAGAGCGAAAGCCGGAAACCAGGCUGUGGGGCGCGUGGGCCGGGCUGCUGGUCAGGAAAGGGGAGCCUGAGUCUGGGACACUCCACCUUGCUGAGGCCUCUGCUCAGGGGGAGGGGACGAAAGAAGAGAACGUUUCGAGAAUGGCAGCAAAAAGCAAGAGAAAACAAUCUGUAGGCUAAGAGAGGAAAAUGUACUGGGGGGGUGUUAUUGUAACAUAAAUGACACAUUUAAAACAAGCCCCCAUUUAAUGUCACUGGAGAACAGGCUGGCCCUGUACGAAACCUUAGUUUGUUUGUUUUAACAGUUACUUCUGAUCUGUUUCCAGAAUAAACUCAAUAAUAAGGUGGCUGAGAAUCUAUGGGUAUAUUUGAGGGACUUCCCACCGGUACAGGUGUGAACUGCAGCAUGGCAGUGACAGGCUGGACCAGGUGUGAACUGCAGCGUGGCAGUGACAGGCUGGACCAGGUGUGAACUGCAGCGUGACAGUGACAGUCAGGACCAGGUGGAAACUGCAGUGUGACAGUGACAGUCAGGACCAGGUGUGAACUGCAGCGUGACAGUGACAGUCAGGACCAGGUGACAGGCUGGACCAGGUGUGAACUGCAGUGUGGCAGUGACAGGCUGGACCAGGUGAGAACUGCAGCGUGGCAGUGACAGGCUGGACCAGAUGGAAACUGCAGCGUGGCAGUGACAGGCAGGACCAGGUGCCAGGCACAUGCCCACUAACUCAGACCCACAGUUCACCCGAGGACACAUCUCAGUCACCCUGCUGCCUCUGCUUCCUCAUCCUGUGAAAGGAAGAGGAGCCCUUCAGAUCCAUGCACUGUCUGAGCCUUAACCUGUGCAGAAGCUGAGGGGAACUUCGGUGCCGCAGUGCCUGGGCGGAACUGUGGGCCGUGACCUCAGCCGCUGGUGUAGCAGUGGGGCUUCAGGGAAAACUGUCACCUCGUCCUUGACUGGAAAACGGCCGCCUGUCAUAGCCCAGGUGUUCAGAGGCAGACCGCAUUUACAGUUACACUGUGGUGUUGUCUGAAGCUUUUCAGAAUUAGAGCAAGCGCAUGAAAGACAGGGAUUAUUUGAUGAUGCAGAAGAAUGUAUUAUAGUAAAAAGAAUGGUCCUUUUGAACAUUUUUCUAACGCACAUGGUUUACUUUUCAAAGAAAAUAAUGUACAAGUACUAUAUUCUUUAAACUUAGAAUAUGCAUACCUUGAACCUAGACUCACCAGGAGUGAAAUUAGCCGAAAAAAUAUAGUGGGGAGAUUUAUAGGCCAUUUUUAAUUUCCUUCUCCACUUUUCCUACUUUAUUAGAUUUUUAUCUUUAUAUUACAGCCACUGUCUGGAUUCCAUAUUGUACAUGAAACUUUGUUUUCCGUGUGGUGCCCGUGGCUACGUGACGUCUUAGCACCCACAGCAGGAGGGGUUGAAGCAGCCUCAGCGAUGUCGUGGUUGGGGACGGUGAUUCCAUUUCUUAAACGUGAACAGUUGUCUCUAGGAAAGGUUAGCGCGUGACACAGCUGCUGGGUGAGGAAGUGGAAUCGCAAUACAGUGAGGCUCAACAUGCUGGGAAGAGACGUCCUGAGACCACGAAUGCCGGACAGUUUCCGUAUGUCGUCAGUGCACACGUGUGGCACACAGCAGUGCUGCAAAAUCAAAACCAAAUGUUUUCAAAGGGAAGAAAAGCAAUUACCGAAUGAGGUUUUUAAGGUUGCUGUACACGUGUGUGCAGAUUUUUCGAGAACAAAAAACAAAAAGUCAUCAUAUGGGUAAAUUAAACCACAGAAUGAAAACUGAGCCAUUUGGGGCCCACUGCCCUCUAUUGAUAACAUGUUUGUGAGUAAAAAUACAUAACUUCUGAUUCAUUUGAAAGAAAAGGGAUCCAUUUAAAAUAACAUGUAAUGAAUAAUGGUAUGAGCCAGGGGCCAUUUUCAUUUCACGGGGCUGAUAUUUUAAAGGUCUAAAAUGUAAAGGAUUCUUUUUAAGUCUGAAGCAAUGAACUCAAUGUCUCAGUCAUGCUAUUGAGACAAAGGACUUUAUUGCUUCAAAACCAGUUACUUUCAUCUUAGUUUGCAUUUGGUGGAGGAGGAAAUAAAAUAAGGAGAAUAUUUUUUUGCACUGGGUGUGUUCUAGAAGUGUAAAAGCUUCUGGCCACUCGGUGUUUACACUUGAACAACCGCAGCCAGCAUAUUGUCAUUUGUAUGUUUUUAUUACAUUCAGAAUUAUUCUAAAAGGUUAUUCUGUUUUAUAUAGCAUAAUUUUGCCUUAAUGCGUUUUUAAAUCCAGAAUGUGCAGGGUCUAGUAAAUAAUGUUCAAACUGGGAAUCCUGUGGAUCUGUGUGAUUUUGCACUGGGCAGUUAAUUCUUAGUGGGGCUAUGAAUUUUUAAUGGUGAGUUUGGGAAAGCAAACAUUUGUGGCAAGUUUACUUAUUCCUAAUGUCUUUUGUGCUUGAAGAGAGAGAGGAUAGCUAGAUAGAGGUUAAGAGGCCAGACUCUAGACCCAGACUACCAAGGUUCCUAGUUUUGUGACUUUGAAUGAGUUCCUUAAGCCUGUCUGUGCCUCAGUUUCACCUCACAAGGUGAUUAUGAGAGUUAAAUGAUAGUCUAUGUAAAGCGCAAGACCACCUGCUACUCUGAGUAAGCGCAAGCUUUUAGUUAUUUAAGAUUACUUUAAAAGAAGAGUAGUGAAAAAUACCCGUGCAAAUGCUCCCUUAAAGCAUAAUUGUGUUAUAUUUUAAUUUCUUUGUUAAAAUUGUAAUUUAAAGUAAAUGCUUCCACAAAACCAGAUAUAUAAAAUUAAGAGAUGAGAAUUUAAAAAUUAGUAAUCUAUUCUUAAAGACACAUAGUAGCUUUUUUCAGAAUGACACUUAGAGCCACCAGUUUUAUUUGUAACUGUUAGCAUGAUUUUGAAGAAAUAACUCAUUAACACAUGAGUAAGAAGCCUAUUUCAAAUGAUCCAGAAACAGCCACUGCCCGAAGUCAAAUGAGCUAGCAUGGUUGAGGAUUACAGAGUUACUGCAAGUCAAAUGUUUUGUUUUGUUUUUCUUCUUCUUCUAAUAAAGAGUCAAGAAACUGGAAGUUUGCAUGAUGCAUUUUGGGUUUUAGAAAAAGUUCAGUUUGGUCGACUCCUGUUGGGCACUCGGUUCAUACCAAGACCUGGAAGCGUCAGGAUGGUAACUCCGGGUCCAGGACCGCAGGGAGGGGCACAGAAACAGAUCUUCCAGUCAACGGCAGCGGACGAGGGUGUGGGAAAGGCUUCUGGAAGAAAGGGCCGAUGGUAGGAUUCGGUAACAGGGAGGAGUUUCCCACGCGUAGGAAGAGACGAAGGCCAAGCUGUAGUGGCUGAGGAGCAUGAGCACCUGGGAGCUUGUUCAUUUAGUCAGACAGGUGCUGUUCUCGUCACUGGUGCCGCACUAAAUAAAGCAGACAAAAUCUCUGCCCUCGGGGAACUCGCAGUCUAGUGGACAUGUUCAUUAUCGUUUUAGCUGGAAGGAAACUUACAGGUUUAUGGCAAGUAUUCGGUUUGGUUACUUUUAAGGUUUGUACCACAUGAACCUUUUAUGGACUGAGUUCUUUUUAAAGAACUGUUAGAGGAAAGGUAUGGAGAAAGGGAAUAACUAAAGAAACAGAAAUUCUGGAAGAGACUGCAGGGAGGAUGAGUCCUCUGUUAAAAUGUAUUUCUUUCCACUAAUGAAGUGUGGAUGCCUGGGAAAGAGCUGCUCUUCCCCAGGCAUAGAUGAAGAUACAAAACGUUCUUGGUCAUGUGUGGGCAUUAUUCUGACUCUCAAUAGAUUGUAGCGUACGACCCCUGCUACCGUAUCACAAAAAUGAGAGGACCACAGUCUUGUAAUUUUCUAUAAAUACUUAUAAUCCCAUUACAUCUUUUAUUGAUAAAUACCUGUACUUGGUCAAAAAUAUGAGAACUUAACAAAUUCCUCUCUUAAGUACCAGAAAUGUUGCUUCUAGGGGCCUUGUUUGUGACUUGUUUGUGCUUUUGUAGCUACGCAGCCCUGAUAGCUGACUGGCCCGUGGUGGUCUUGGGCAUGUGCACGGUGCUGAUCGUGGUCUGUGCCUUGGUCGGAGUGUUAGUGCCGGAGCUUCCUGACUUCUCCGACCCGUUGCUGGGUUUUGAACCAAGAGGGACUGCCAUCGGCCAGAGGCUGGUCACGUGGAACAACAUGGUGAAAAAUACAGGAUACAAAGCAACGUUAGCAAAUUACCCUUUCAAAUACGCAGACGAACAAGCCAAAAGCCAUCGGGACGAUAGGUGGUCGGAGGAUCACUACGAAAGGGAGAAAAGAGAAGUUGACUGGAACUUCCACAAGGACGGCUUCUUCUGCGAUGUUCCCAGUGACCGAUAUUCCAGAGUGGUGUUCACUUCAGCCGGAGGAGAGACACUGUGGAAUUUACCUGCAAUUAAAUCGAUGUGCAAUGUAGAUAAUUCCAGGAUCAGGUCCCACCCCCAGUUUGGAGACCUAUGCCAGAGGACCACGGCUGCCUCCUGCUGCCCCAGCUGGACGCUGGGGAACUACAUCGCCAUUCUCAACAACAGGUCCUCCUGCCAGAAGAUAGUCGAGCGGGACGUGUCCCAUACCUUGAAGCUGCUCCGGGCCUGCGCCAAGCACUACCAGAACGGCACCCUGGGGCCGGACUGCUGGGACAUGGCGGCCAGGAGGAAGGACCAGCUCAAGUGCACCCACGUGCCGCGCAAGUGCACCAAGUUCAACGCCGUGUACCAGAUCCUGCACUACCUGGUGGACAAGGACUUCCUGGCCCCGAAGACGGCCGGCCUCGCCGCGCCCGCGCUCAAGUACAGCAUGCUCUUCUCGCCCACGGAGAAGGGGCAGAGCAUGAUGAGCAUCUACCUGGACAACUUCGAAAACUGGAACUCGUCUGACGGCGUGACGACCGUCACCGGGAUCGAGUUCGGCAUCAAGCACAGUCUGUUCCAGGACUAUCUGCUCAUGGAUACUGUGUAUCCUGCCAUCGCCAUCGUGAUCGUCCUCCUCGUCAUGUGCGUCUACACCAAGUCCAUGUUCAUCACUCUGAUGACCAUGUUUGCCAUCAUCAGCUCCCUGAUCGUGUCCUACUUUCUCUACCGCGUCGUGUUUAACUUCGAGUUUUUCCCCUUCAUGAACCUCACCGCGCUCAUUAUUCUGGUCGGCAUUGGCGCAGACGACGCUUUCGUCCUGUGCGAUGUCUGGACCUACACCAAGUGCGACAAGCCCCACGCCGCGACCUCGGAAGCGGUGAGCGUCACCCUGCGGCACGCCGCGCUCUCCAUGUUCGUCACCAGCUUCACCACGGCCGCCGCCUUCUACGCCAACUACGUGAGCAGCAUCACGGCCAUCCGGUGCUUUGGGGUCUACGCGGGGACGGCCAUCCUGGUGAAUUACGUCCUGAUGGUCACAUGGCUGCCGGCGGCGGUGGUCCUGCACGAGCGGUACCUUCUCAACAUAUUCAGCUGCUUCCGGAAGCCCCGGCAGCAGAGGUACCGCCCCGAGAGCCGCUGGAGGGCGGCCUGGCAGAGGUGCCGCAGCGCCCUGCUCGCCGUCUCCGAAGCGUCCCGCAUCUUCUUUGAGAAGGUGCUGCCGUGCCUGGUCAUCAAGUUCCGCUACCUGUGGCUGUUCUGGUUCCUGGCGCUGACGGCGGGCGGCGCCUACGUCGUGUGCGUGAACCCCAGGAUGAAGCUGCCCUCGCUGGAGCUGGCCGAGUUCCAGGUGUUCAGGGCGUCGCACCCCUUCGAGCGCUACGACGCCGAGUACAAGAAGCUGUUCAUGUUUGAGCGCGUGCACCACGGCGAGGACCUCCACAUGCCCAUCACGGUCGUCUGGGGCGUGUCCCCGGAGGACAACGGCAACCCGCUCAACCCCAAGAGUAAAGGGAAGCUGGCCCUGGACGGCAGCUUCAACAUCGCCAGCCCGGCGUCGCAGGCCUGGAUUUUGCACUUCUGCCAAAAGCUGAGAAACCAGACGUUCUUUUACCAGACCGACGAGCAGGACUUCACCAGCUGCUUCAUUGAGACCUUCAAGCAGUGGAUGGAGAACCAGGACUGCGACGAGCCCGCCCUGUACCCGUGCUGCAGCCACUGGAGCUUCCCCUACAAGCAGGAGGUGUUCGAGCUGUGCAUCAAGAGGGCCAUCAUGGAGCUGGAGAGGAGCACCGGCUACCACCUGGACAGCAAAACCCCGGGGCCGAGGUUCGACAUCAACGACACCAUCCGGGCAGUCGUGCUCGAGUUCCAGAGCACCUACCUCUUCACGCUGGCCUACGAGAAGAUGCACCAGUUUUAUAAAGAGGUGGACUCGUGGAUCUCCCGGGAGCUGCGCUCAGCACCCGAGGGCCUGAGCAACGGCUGGUUCGUCAGCAACCUGGAGUUCUACGACCUCCAGGACAGCCUCUCGGACGGCACCCUCGUCGCCAUGGGGCUCUCGGUGGCCGUCGCGUUCAGCGUGAUGCUGCUGACGACCUGGAACGUCGUCAUAAGCCUCUACGCCAUCGUUUCCAUAGCCGGCACCAUAUUCGUCACCGUCGGGUCCCUGGUCCUGCUGGGCUGGGAGCUGAAUGUUCUGGAGUCCGUCACCAUUUCAGUCGCCGUUGGCCUGUCCGUAGACUUCGCCGUCCACUACGGGGUGGCCUACCGCCUGGCCCCGGAUGCGGACCGCGAGGGCAAGGUGGUCUUCUCCCUGAGCCGCAUGGGCUCCGCCAUCGCCAUGGCCGCGCUCACCACCUUCGUGGCCGGGGCCAUGAUGAUGCCGUCCACGGUCCUGGCCUACACCCAGCUGGGCACCUUCAUGAUGCUCAGCAUGUGCGUCAGCUGGGCCUUCGCCACCUUCUUCUUCCAGUGCGUGUGCCGGUGCCUCGGGCCGCAGGGCACCUGUGGCCAGAUCCCUCUGCCUAAGAAGCUGCAGUGCGGCGCCUUUUCUCACGCCCUGCCUGCGAGUGCCGGCGACAAGGGACAGAGCAAAGCCCACGCCAUGAACGCCUAUCAUCCAGAUCCCAGGGGGCAGCCAGCUGAGCUGGAGCAUGAGUUUUAUGAAUUAGAGCCUCUGGCAGCGCACGGCUGCACCGGCCCCGAGAGGACGGCCUACGAGGAGACCCGCGUCUGCCCUGAAUGCUUCAGCGGCCCCGCGAGGACUCGGGGGCUGCCUGUGCGCGCGGCCCUCGGCGGCGAGCUCGGCACGAGCGGCAAGCGGGACGCUGGCGUCGCCCUGGGACAGCCGUCCCUGGAGCAGCGCGGCGUGUGCCCGCUCUUCUCGCUGCGUCCCAGGUGCAGCUGCCCGCCCGCCUACAGGCACCUGAAGUUCGGCCCACACUGCUGCCAGCAGCUGGGGGGCUGCCUGUGCCCGCCGUGCGCGCCUGCGGCCGGCAGCUUCGCCCCGAUCCAGAACGGCCUGGCGCCCCUGAAGGCCACGCACCGGGCGGCCGAGGGCUUCCUGCCCCCCGCGCCGCACGUCCACGCCUGCGCCUGCCUGCAGGGCACAGCGGAGCCGCCGGGAACGCGGGGUUCGCUGCCCCGGAAUCUCUUCCUCCCCCCGGGGCAGCACGUUCAGGCCCAGGAAAAACUGGGCCAGACCGGAGCGCAGGGUCUCCCGGGCGGAGAGGGGCGGCCUCCGAGGGGGGCGGGGCAGCCUCCGAGGGGGGCGGGGCAGACUCCGAAGGGGGCGGAGCCACCAUCACUUGUCUGCACGAGCACCGGACCUUUGCACAAAGCGUGCUGUGACCCCGAGAAUAAACCCAGGGGACUCUGUAAAAACAGAGAUGUUGGAACUCCGGAGAGCAGCGGGGGGACCGAAGACAAGGCCUCGGGGUCCGCGAGCCAGAGCGACGCGGCGGGAGGGAGAGGGGAGCCGCGCUUGCCGCAGCCCGAUGCGCGCUCGGAGCGCUUCCCCCAGCGUGAACCGCAGCCCCUGUUGAACCGGUUCCUGGCGGAGGCUGGCGGUGGGCCCUGCCCCGACGGCCCGCAGAGCUGCGGCAGAGCUGCGAGCCUGAAGUGCAAUUCCGUGGACUGUCAGACGCCACACGUGGACACCGCCCUGCCUGCUGUGUUCACACACUCGGAACUUUCUGGCGAAAGUCUGUUAAUCAAAACACUAUAAUAAAUAUAGCACUAAAUACAGAA